UGGGACAAAAGGUGUUCUAUGCCAGAUUCAGUAUCCAACUUUUUCAAACGUCCGCGUUUUCUAUCGAAGCGUUGAAAACCUUUGGUUAGUUUCCACAUUUCUCUCCUUCUCUCUCUCAUUCUCUUUACACUGCUUUGCUGUUUCUAACAGUUUCAAGAUUUGCCCAUUUGGAUUUCUUUAUGUGUCAACACAGAUCCGUGCUUGUCAAUUCAAUUUAUCUCUGAAUUCUACUAAAUUACCAUAUAUAGUUUUUAGCAUUUUGUGAGUCCGUGAUUGGCUCAAACUUUGGAAGGGGUAGUUUUUAUCUAUUGGAAUUAUAUAAUGGAACUAUGAACUGGCGGGUUUUAAUGGGUUUGAUGGAUUUGUGUUCAAGAGCUGCUGUAGAUGCCAGAACUGGGUUGAGUUGAUUUGUUAAGGAUUUUAAGUUGAAAUUUUUUAUAUUUGAGGUGAAAAGAUGAUUGGAAGAAAGAACAUUGGACGUUCGUCGCCAGUCCUUUUGGUUCUGUUGGCACUUGGAUUUUUCUUUGCAACAUAUAAUUUGAUAACUCUUAUAAUACACAACAAAGCUUCCAUCUCGGGGAGUUGGAUGUGGGAUGGAACAGAGCUUUUUGAUCCCGUGAUUCAGAGGCCUGAUGAUGAGAAGAGUGCAGGGAAUUCCAAAAAGUAUCAUGUUGCCCUUACGGCUACUGAUGCUCCUUAUAGUCAAUGGCAGUGUCGGAUAAUGUAUUACUGGUAUAAGAAGAUGAAAGACAUGCCUGGGUCAGACAUGGGAAAGUUUACACGAGUUUUGCAUUCGGGAAGUCCUGACAAUUUGAUGGAGGAGAUUCCUAGCUUUGUAGUUGAUCCUCUUCCACAGGGUUUGGAUCGGGGUUACAUUGUCCUCAAUAGACCAUGGGCUUUUGUGCAGUGGCUGGAGAAAGCAACGAUAGAGGAAGAAUACAUUUUAAUGGCAGAACCUGAUCACGUAUUUGCUAAUCCUUUGCCCAACUUAGGAUAUGGAGAUCAUCCAGCUGGAUUUCCAUUUUUCUACAUUAAACCCACUGAAAAUGAGAAAAUAAUUAGGAAAUUUUAUCCCAAGGAAAAGGGUCCUGUCAGUGAUGUUGAUCCAAUUGGAAAUUCCCCUGUAAUCAUUAAGAAGUCGUUGUUGGAGGAUAUUGCUCCCACGUGGGUGAAUGUUUCUUUGAGAAUGAAAGAUGAUGAGGAGACUGACAAGGCUUUUGGAUGGGUGCUUGAAAUGUAUGCAUAUGCUGUAGCAUCUGCAUUGCAUGGUGUGCAUCAUACUCUUCGUAAAGACUUUAUGCUGCAGCCUCCAUGGGAUUUGGAAGUUGGCAAGAAGUUCAUUAUCCAUUAUACUUACGGAUGUGAUUACAAUUUAAAGGGGGAACUGACUUAUGGAAAAAUUGGGGAAUGGCGUUUUGACAAGAGAUCGUAUCUCAGUGGUCCUCCACCAAGAAACCUGCCCUUGCCUCCUCCAGGAGUUCCUGAAAGUGUGGUAAGGCUUGUGAAAAUGGUAAAUGAGGCUACUGCAAAUAUCCCUGGAUGGGACACACUAAGUAGUGGGUGAGAGAGAAGAUUAUCGGCCUAUAACUUGCUUGUUCCAUUUACUGAUAUCAGAUGGCUGCUAGGAAUGGAGUGGUUCAUCAAUACCAAUUACAUGCAACCAUAGAAUGUUACAGAUAGAGAAAGAAUGAAUGUCUUGGAUGAGUCAAAAAAGGGGGAAUUUUAUGGCCUCAACUCUCUUCAAAAUAUAAGGCUACUAAAUUCUUUUGUAUACAAAAUUUUUGUACACUUUCAGUAUGGGAUUUUUAUAUAAAGAUUUAUUAGUAAAAUUCUGAUUACAAUUAGUUA